AUGUCGACUACUACCACUUCUCCUCCCACGACACCGUCAGUUAACACCGUUGGCAGCUCGCAGACUCUUCUAACCGAGGCACGGGAGUAUCUCCCCGACGUCGACCAUGUCGUCUUCAAGCAUUUCCGCAUCGUCAAGCGGGUCGAGGGUAAAGCCCAGCAGUACGAGUGCAAGUUCUGCAGCAACCUCUACACCGGUGCUGCCAUCCGAUGCGCGCAACACUUCGCGUCGUGGAAGGGCAUGAAACGCCGUGAAGUGGUGCUGUGCAAGGAUGCGCCGCAAGAUGUGCGUCGGGCCAUGAAAGCGCAUUACGAGGCAAAGACUGCUGCGGCCGACGAAAGGAGGCGGGCCGCUGCUGCCGCGGUUGCCGCAGUGACGGUUGACGGUGGGAAGCGCGCGCGAAUCACCGAUUACCUCGAGGGGGAUACGGCUGCACGAAAGCGAGAAGCGGACGAGUCACUUGCGCUUGCUUGGGCCGCCCUCCACAUCCCCGGGCGCCACAUUGACCAUCCUCUGAUGGUCAACGCAUUGAACAACGUCUCCCGCGCCGGGAAAGACUACGUCCCCCCCAAGCGGAAAUACGUCGGCGGUGCUGGCCUUGUAGCGUGUCGCAACGGCAUCGAGGCGGGUUUGGUGGGUGUCAAAACGAGCUGGAAGCGGACGGGCGUGACGGUGUUGUCCGACAUGAUGACGGACCGCAGGGGCAGGCCGCAGGCCAACAUUCUUCUCGUCAAUGAUUCGGGCGCCGUCUUCUACGACUGUGUUGACUGCAACAUGGAGAAGAAAACGGGUGGUUACGUGGCGGGGAUUCUCAGGCCCGUGGUGGAGGAAGUGGGGCCAGAGAACGUUGUGGCGUUCUGCAUGGAUGGGGGAUCGAACUACGCGGUGGCGGUGAAGCGACUGAUUCAGGAGUGGCCGCACAUUCAAGACGUGCCGUGCGCCACCCAUGUGAUGGAUCUUCUCCUGGAAGACGUGGGGAAGAUGGGGUGGGCUAAGCCGGUGGUCGACAAGGGAGGGGAGAUUAGCAGCUUCGUCCGCAACCACCAUUGGACCCGCGGGUACCUGCGCACGCCGGAAUUGGUGGAGGGGAAGGUUCUGGAAGCGCUGAAGCCGGCUGGAACGAGGUUCGGGACGAACUACAUCUCCAUCUCCCGGCUGUGUGCGAUGCGCGGCAGCCUCACCAACAUGGUGACGAGCGAGGGGUGGAAGGAGUGGGCGGUAGGGGACCGGAAGAAAUCAUGCGACGCGUUUGCUGCGCUGAUCCAUGAUGCCGCCUGGUGGAAGACGGCCGACUUCUUCACUGCCCUCCUGAAGCUGCCCUAUAAGGCGAUGAGGCAGACGGACGGGCAUGCCGUGGGGAUGAUGGGGAGGAUAUACGAUGUUAUGCUUCAGUUGACUGAGGACGUGGGGGACUUACUCGAUGCGGACGAGGAGCAGCUGAGCAACGCGGAUAAGGACCAGAUCCGCAAGAUCCUCAGAGACCGCUGGGACGGCAGCCUCGCAUGCGCCAUGCAUGUCGCUGGCCGCAUCCUCAACCCCGCCAAUCAGGAGGAAGAUAUCUUCGGCACUGAUCUCGAGUGCACGAAGGUCUUCAAGGUGUUCAUCAGCCAGUACGCCGAGUUCCUUGCGAGCCGCGGGGAUGGGGGGGAUGACGCUUGCAGCAUCUUGCUUGAGCUGGGGGACGGGCUGAGGGCGUUUCUUGACAUGAAGGGUUCUUUUGGGAUGCCGGAAGCCGUGGCACAAAGGAAGCUGGUGAAAGAGGGGAAGUAUAGCAUGGUGAAGUGGUGGCAGUGGAAUGGGACCGAUGCUCCACGUGUGGCGGGGCUCGCGGUACGGGUGCUGUCUCAGCCCGUGUCCGCCUCACCUUGUGAGCGUGGAUGCUGGCACACGCGCGCCGAUGUCCUGCCACAUGUGGUGGCCGGGAUAGGAGCGGAGCCUCCAAUCCCGGCGGGAUACAAUGGGCUGGAAGACGAGGCGAAGGGAGAGGAUGAGGAGGAAAGCGACGACGACAUCCUCGAAGACGAGUACGCUAAGUAG